AGAGAGAGAGCAUGGAGUGUGGCUUUCUCUGGUAUCAGAUUUCUGUCUGCUUAUAUCAGGAGGUGGAUGUCAGAUGAGAUUUCUGUUGAUUUGGGCAUGGAUUUUAAGAAACGCUGGCAUGCUGCUCCUUUCGAUUAAUCCCUCGUGGUAUGUCAAUAGAGCUAAGAAAAACUGACACUGAAUCUCGAAGUGGCAGCGUUUUUAGGUUUUUUCACCAUGAGUCGGAGGAGGAUAUCAUGCAAAGACCUGGGCCAUGCUGAUUGUCAAGGGUGGCUGUACAAGAAAAAGGAAAAGGGAACUUUCCUGAGCAACAAAUGGAAAAAGUUCUGGGCGGUGCUCAAGGGUUCCUCCCUGUACUGGUACAGUAACCAAAUGGCAGAGAAAGCUGAUGGGUUUGUCAAUCUGCCUGACUUCACUGUGGAAAGAGCAUCAGAAUGCAAGAAAAAGCAUGCCUUUAAGGUCAGCCAUCCACAGAUCAAGACCUUUUAUUUUGCGGCUGACAAUGUACAGGAAAUGAAUGUGUGGUUAAACAAACUUGGAUUGGCUGUAAUUCAUCAGGCACCCACUACAAAAGAUGAAGAAUGCUACAGUGAAAGUGAACAGGAAGAUCCUGAAAUAGCUGCAGACACACCACCCCCUCUUUACUCUUCAGAGACUCUGUCUUCUUCAGCUGCUCAGCAGGUAGGCUCGUCCUCACCCAGACUGAAUGAAGCAUCCUGCUCUUCCUCUUCCCUGGAAUAUGCCAACAAGACCUCCUGCAGCAACCUGUCCUCCACCUUCCCUAAGGAGAGACAGUCUUGGAUUGACAUAGUUAAUAGUUCACCUGCCUCCGAGGAUGUGGGACAAUCUUUAACAUUUGCCGUGCAGGUUCAUUCACCUGUGCCCUCUGAAGCAAACAGCUACAAGGUCCUGGAAAGCAGUCUUGCUGCUUCAGAAAGUGGGUUUUUGAACUCUUUGUCUAGUGAUGACACUUCUUCCUUUAGUAGCAACCUUGACCAUCUUACUAUCCCAGACAAACCAACUGCUUCGAAGAUGACAGGAAAAGAUGAAACGAAAGCAUCUGAAGAUGAUGAAAUGGAGAAACUCUAUAAAUCCUUGGAGCAAGCAAGUCUCUCUCCUCUUGGGGACCGACGACCUUCAACCAAAAAAGAGUUAAGAAAGUCCUUUGUGAAGCGGUGCAAAAAUCCAUCCAUAAAUGAGAAACUACACAAAAUCCGUACUUUGAACAGCACCUUAAAGUGUAAAGAGCAUGACCUGGCCAUGAUCAACCAACUACUGGAUGAUCCCAAGUUGACAGCCAGAAAGUACCGGGAGUGGAAGGUCAUGAACACCCUUCUCAUCCAGGACAUCUACCAGCAACAGCAGGCUCCCACAACUGCCCCUGAAGGCACCCCCCAAGGACACGAGCAGCACCCCUCCUCUUCUCAUGUUGAAAAUUCCAUUUGAGGACCAGUUAGGAUUUCUCUCUCCUUAUACCCUUCUCGAAGAUGCUACAAGAACUUUCAUGUUUCCUCAUGGAGGAAAACUGAAGCCCAAUUCCUCUUCAAGCAUCAACCUUCCUCAACCCCUCCCUCCCCCAGAUUGUCACUUCAUGAGGACAGACUCCUUGAGCUGCAUGCAGCUUUCAGGGUGUCAUGCAGCUCUAGAGAGUGGAGACAGUGAAUCCUGUUGAACAAACUGUUCUUGUGGACUUUCCAGGGUCUAGGGGAGGAGGUGAGAAAUGCUAUUUUCUACCCUUGUCAAAAUGGCAACCAAUCCAUGGACAGGAGAUCACCUUUUACUAGAAAUAAUAAUCCAUGGGAAUGUUCUGCUUUCUAAGCAAAGAAGUUACAUAUUCCACUAGGUUGGGUAGCUGAAUCCUCUCCGUCACAUCAUCCAGAGAAGGACAGAUGUGGAAUUGUAGCAUCCCAACCCCUCGCCUUUUCCACAUUUUGAGAAAGACUUCAUAGUAAGCACUUUGUGGGAGAAAGCCUGAGGUGGAGGUGUGGCCUCUAUUCUACUCAUUUGUAUACAUGACCCGGGUGUUGAUGAAUGUUUCUUUGUGGAGGAACAGCUACAGGAAAGUAUCUUAUUGUACCAGGACAUCCAUACUCUCUCCAACUACUUAGAACUCCUUAGAGGAAACUAUCAUAAGUUCAGCAAGGAGCAAUGUUUGCUGCUUCCAUCCAUAUGUUCACACCUGAAGCAUGUGCAUAUACAGAUAAUUUCCCUGGCAGCAAUAUUGACAAAAUGAUGCUGUUGUCUGAAUUAUUUUAACAUCUUUACUCUUAAAAACAAAAACCAAUACAAAUAUCAAAAGGGUUAAAACAAUUAUUUUUGUAUGUUGGUGUCAUUUUAUGUUUUUUGUGAAUUGCUAUAUAUGUACAUAUGUUUGUUAUUUAAGUAUAUUUAAAGAGUUUAAAAUUACUAGUACUUUAAAAAUGAUAUAUGAAUAUAUGUUUUGCUCACUAUAUAUUACCAAAAUAUCUACUUUUUUUGCUUGAGAAAAAUAGGAAUAUAAUUGAAUCGUUGGAGUAAUUAUGUUGCACUAUGAUCUUUGGGGAAUGUUCAGGAAAACCUGUGGCAUCAAUGUGUGGGCAUGUGUUACAAAUCUCUCAUCUUCUGAUAGCGCUCUCUCUCUCUCUCUCUCUCUCUCUCUCAUUUUCUCUCUCUCCCCUUCUGACAACCCAAGGAGCUUAGAUUUCUCUGCCUGUGAUAAGUCUACCUUAAGCUAGAAAGGGACUUUAAUCUUGCUUCACUAUUUCUAGUAAAUAAAUAUCAGGCUUUACCUAUUCAUAUGCACAAACCCUAACCAAGUGAAACACAACUAAUGUAGUAUUUUAAGUCUAAGGAUUAAUGGAAAGUUGAGGUUUUUGCUGUUACAGAAAAUGCAUCUGAUUGCAUAAAUAUCAUGAAAGUCUUCACUUACUAAUCUGUGUCAAUAUUUCUCACUAUAAAAAUAACCACGACUCACCAAAAACCCAUGUGGUAUGUGUGGGGGUCUCUCAGCAAGCCAACAGUCAACAGAGCAGUCUGAUUACAACAGAGCACAGUAGAGAAAAAGUGUGAUUUGAUGUAGUUGUGAAUGUGGAUGUGGAAAUAAUCCCAAAUUUUACCUGCAAAUUAAACUGAAAUAGUUGUUGAACAUUAUCUCCAGCUUUACUAAGAAUACUUAAUACGUUGGGGAAAAAAUUAAAAAAAACAACUUAGCACUAAGACAUAAUUAAAAAAAAAAAGGAGAAGAAGAAUGAGCAGUUGGUAUACUAGAAGCUUCUGUAAUAGAAGUCAUCUCACUCUGACUGAACAUGAACCUGACCUAAGAAUGUAGACUGGAGUGCAGACUGAAUGGAGCGAGAACUUGCAUGAAAUUGUCUGUGGGCACCCAAGAGAAGCACCAUUGAGGAGUUUUGUAGGCUAGAGUCUUUUGAGUUGAGAGGCCAGUGCUUUGAUUUCUUAAGUUAUCACCCCCCCCCCUUUUAACUGCUACUACCAAAAAGUCAUUGUGUAAGCAAGCUUUUGGUAAAAGGAACAGUGACAAUGGAAAAAACCAGCAAUAUGAUAUCAACUUGUCUUCUCUCAUUUUUUUCCCCUUGGAUAGCAACACCCACAAAUAAACUUCAACAAUUCCCCUCCCCCAAAUGGAAGUGUUCCCAAGUACAUUUUAAUACUUUUCAUGACUAUAUAAUGAAAUGACCUUUUAGUGUAAAUUCUUUGGUAAGCCUGGAACAUCAAAGUCAGUUAGCACCUUGGAUGGCUGAAUCAAAGCAUUCAGCUCUUUUUUUUUUUUUUUUUCCUUCCCCAGAAUCAAAUUGCCUAGAUGUGUUUUGGUUUUGUUGGUUAAAGCCAUAACUUUAAAGAGCUUCUUCAUAUGGAAGUUGAAGUGUACUGCCCAGUUGGGUUCUGUUGGUCUAGAUGAAAGUCGUCGGCUCAUUGGUAUUUUCCCCUGUGUUGUGUUGUGAUAGGAAGUAGGGGUCGGCUUCUGUGGGUUUGUAACCUAGUUGUGGCCACUAAAAGGCAAUGAGUGGAGAAUAAGGGGCCAGUGGAAAGUAAGAAAGAGCGGUUGGCAUUUUCCGUGACGUGUAACUCUUGGGUAGCACAGGGCUUUACUGACCUCCAAUCAUUUUUGCUGUCCAAAGGAUACUGGGAAAAUUGGAGUACUUCUGGUCUAUUCCAGAGGGUUGUGCCAUCCCUGAAAUAAAUUUAAUGUAGUUUCAUGGAGCUCAGUGGGAGAUAUCUCUAUGCAGUUCCGUAGCCAUGGAAACUGAGAUUCUGAGGAGUGACUCAGGUCCAUGAGUGCUCAGGACUUAAGUAGAAAAUCCCUGAACAUAACCACAUCUAGACUUGUAGUACAUGAGGGGGGGUAUGUCUGUCCAGCACUACAAGUUCUCCAUCUCAAUGAAUCCCCUUUCAAAGUCAACUGUGACAUGUUUCUCUAGGUUGUGAGACAGGAAGUGAUUUCUCUGCAUGUCUUGAUUCUUUCUUAUCCAGCCCACAAACCACAGAGAAAACAUUAAAGUGGAUUCUACAUUUCAAAACAUUUUUCUGUUUCUCUUGCAGUGAGGAGAUUUAACAGCUCUGUAAUGAUCUUUAUUCACCUUUAGUCCAAGGGGGAAGCAUGCCUCCUAGAGAUAGCCAACAUCCCAUGAACAAGCAAACAAACAAACAGGUCUUUGAAUCACCCUGUCACUCAUUUCCUAGCAUGAUAGGGAUGCAACUUUUUAGCACUGCAUGUGUUUAGGGGCCAGAUAUUGAUGUGGAUAUAUAACCUUUAACUUCAUUCUCUGUCAUCUGCUUUCUGAGUAACUUGGUGGGGAAGGCAUGGCUCAUUACUUUCUGCUUCGUAUUUCUUGAGGUUAACUUGUAGAAAACAAAUAAAUGAGAGGAGAUAUAUCUAGUAAAAUUAAAUGAAAAGGAAAUUUGUUAGUGGUGUUUAUUUUAGUCCUGGUGCUUCAACAGAAAAGAACUUCCUGGUUGAUUUUCUCUUCUAGGAAGGCUAUAAGCGCCCUCUGGUGGUAAUAAAAAAACAAUUGAUUCUG